AAAAACCCGCGUCGGAGCGUACGUGUGCAUGUGUGUCCUGUAUGUGUUAAAGGUGGUACGGUUGUUUGAAACGAUAGUAGUAGUAGUAGCCUCUCUCGGAAGCACAUGUAUUACACUCUGGUUCGUGUCCGUCUCCGCUGCUCACGUACAAACAUUUUUACGGGGGAUUUUAACGCGGAAGAGUUUAGAGAGAACGGCGAGGACACGAUCGCAAUCGAAAUAACUUGGAUCGUGUAACGCUGUGCUAUCUCGCCACGCUCACGUCGCCGUUCGUGAUCGUGACCGCGGAUUUAUAGAUCGCACCGUGACGAAAUCCAGUCGCGGAACAUCCUUGUGAGAAGGCGGAACACAGCCGAUCGGUGAUUUACGGUAUUACCUUAAGGUUGAUAGGUUGAAACCAUGGGAAAUCGAGCUCGAGUUUGACCGACGAUCGAUGGAAACGAGAAGGGGACCAUGCAAACGACGAGAAGAUUGUUGAUCAAAGAAUAGUUGAUAAAAAAGAGAGACAUUUUCUGACACUUGGAUCGAUAGGAUUGAAGAUUGGACAAGCUUUAUCGGACAGGAUGAUCACUCGAGCGAAACUAUGGUGGAAACUGCUGCAGUCCGGCCGGCAGAAAGGUAUAUUCGCCGGACUGGCUGUACAGUCUGGACAGAUAUCCGUGGGGCUUGGCCAGGGAUUCAGCGCGGUUCUCGUCCCGAAACUGCUGGAAACUAACUUCGCCGACACGUCGCAAGCCUCUUGGAUCGCUUCUUUGGGCAUCGUAUCGAAUCCUCUGGGAUCGCUGAUUGCUGGAUUAUGCGCGGAAUGGUUUGGAAGGAGAUCGGCCAUCGCGUUGGCUAGUUUACCACACGCUGCCGGAUGGUUGCUGAUAGCACUGGCGAAAGAUGUACCUAUGCUGUACGUGGGCAGGUUCAUCGGUGGAAUUGGCAUGGGCAUGGUGAACGGCCUCUACCUCUACAUCAGCGAGGCUGCGGCGCCGAAUCAGAGAGCAUGGUUGGGAAGCUGUGGUCCAGUUCUGGUCUCGUUAGGUGUACUGAUGAUCUACACACUUGGAGCAGUGACAACGUGGCAAAGGGCUGCUGCCAUUAGCAUCGGACCUGCUAUCCUUUCCUUAGCACUAACACGCACGAUCCCAGAGACUCCAGGCUGGCUAGUCGCUAGAGGAAGAAAAGAGGAAGCGAAAGAGUCUCUGUUAUGGCUUAGAGGACCUGGUUUAAGCACGGACAAAGAAUACGAGGAACUUUGCGAGGCAAACGUGAAAAGAGAGGAGGGAAAACAGAGUUUGUUCACAGCUCUUCACAUGCCAAGCGUAUGGAAGCCAUUUCUCAUUCUUCUCGGCUUCUUUACGUUUCAACAAAUGUCUGGAAUCUACAUAAUUCUAUUAUACACUGUGAGCGUUCUUAAAAAAAUCGGUAUCGACUUGAACGAGUACACGGCGAGCGUUGGAAUCGGCGUGAUCAGGCUGUUCGCUUCUAUAGCCGGUGCUGGUCUCGCCAAUAGCUUUGGCAGAAAAGUGUUGGCCUUCGUCAGUGGUCUAGGAAUGGCGAUCUCUGCUGUAGGCGUCGCUCUAGCCUACAGGUUCAAAUUACCAUCUGUGGUAUCCUUGGCAUGCAUCGGUGGCCAUGUGGGCUCCUCCAUGAUAGGAUACCUUACCUUGCCUUGGGUGAUGACCUCUGAAUUGUAUCCACUGGCGUUCAGAGGACCUCUGGGAGGAGUUACCACCAGCAUGGUACAAAUACUGACGUUCGCGACCAUCAAACUCUAUCCAGAUGUAGAUGCGUUAAUUGGAAUCGAGAGCACCAUGUGGAUAUUCGCCGGAGCUGCGACUCUAGGAGCUGUGUUUGCCUUGACGAUUCUGCCUGAAACAAGAGGACGAAGUUUAGAUCAGAUAGAGAGCGGAUUCUCUAAAAAAGCUGAAAUAAAUUCCUCCGUCGAAACUGUGCCAAGCAGCGUUAUCGCUGAUUGUCAGCCUAAGAAUAUUACACUUGAGAAAGUUGCCUCGAACUCGGAGGAGAAAUACCAUAAUAUGAUGGUAAACGCGUACGCGUACGAUAAUCUCUGUCUAGAUUUAUCAGCCGACGAUACUGAAAAAGACAGAAAAGAACCGGCGAAAGAAUCUGAGACGAAUCGUGACGACUACAGCGACGCUACUCAUGCCAUUUCUUUGGAACAUGUUUAGUUUCUAAUAAGGUAUAUACUCGUUAGAGUGAAUCGCGUGUACCGGAAUAGAAACGAGCAUCAUCCAAUUUUCCAUUCUCCGAGCUUCGUGUUGUGAUCGUUUAAUACGGAAAGCGGGAUAUAUUUAUUCUACUACCUAUGUAUGUUUCGUUAAACCAUUCAAACCAGUAUUACAAAUAUUGCUUUAACAAAGGUUAAAUGUGUGUUCUUAUAAACAGUGAAAAAUGGGUAAUUGUGGUACUUUGUACGAUCGUAAGAAAUGAUUGUUUUUAAAACUGUGCAAUUUAUUACCGAUAAGAAAAGCGAUUGUUUAUUCUACAGCGUAAUGUAUGGUGUAAGAAUCAAGACGAUUCGGUUGAACGUUGUAAUCGUAAAGCGAAAGAACGAGAAUAUUUGCGACUACCAGCUAUAAUGGUGUGCCU